CAAGCGCGCAGCUGCGGAUUGCAAAUCAAACGCUGAAAUUUUUUCUCGUAAACAAACUCCGUUCGCACAUAUGAUACUUCUUAUCGCGGAACUAUUCGUUUGUCGCGGCUGGCUCCGAGUGGUUGCAACUUAGCGCGAAAUAUCGAAUUCGACCUUGCGGUUGUGUGACCUCGAGUUUUUGUUAUCUGCAUUUAGAGUGUACUUGGGCAGGCGGAAAAAUACAUUCAGUGAUAAUGUUGAAUUUUUUGUCAGCGAAAAAAUCGUCCAGUGCUGGUCCGCUGCGAGGGUACAAAAUUACCAACGUUGAAAGAAACAAGAAGUACGGCGUGGCCGCUGAUUCGCUUCGGAUGCUGAAAACGAAAGCUUCCGAAAAAUUCAAGUUGCAGCACUGUCGGGUUUAUUUGGCACAGGAUGGUGUCGAAGUGCUAGAUGAAGACUAUUUUCAUACACUCCCGGCGCAAAUACUGUUUGUGGUAGCAGAACGGGACAUAAUCGUAAAAACGGAUUUCGAGCUAAUGUACGACGCAAUCAAAUCCUCACAUAGCGAGUUGCUGCAGGCCGGCACCUUGGCUAAGGAGUUCGUUGGCAAUAAUCAGAGCGAGAUCGCCAGGCUGCUGCAGGACGCUCGGCGAUCACAGGAUGAGCAGACAGUGAAAAGUUUACGCAGUGAGCAUCAGGAGUGGUUUGAAGGAAUCGAUGACAAAGCGGGUCAAACCAAAGAGUAUGUAAUGCAACGCCGGGGACAGGAUCGAAUUCGGGGGUACUACUACAAAACGAAGGACGAACUUACUAAGUGCGGUCUCUAUCGUAAGAACAUGGUGGCUAAAGAACUGAUCGACGAAAUGCUGGAACUUUUUCGUCAACUGUUGAUUGGUUUUGAUUAUUUUAGCUGUAUAUUCGACCGAAGCCAUCCGCAGCGAUUCCCGGAUGGUUACAACCACCAGGAUCAGGACGAAGUCGACGCCCAACGGAUAAUGCCCAAGCGCAUGAAGUUAGCAAUCCAAAAAACCCUGGAGGAGGAUGGCAAUGCUAUCGAUAAGUACAAGGUGGCACUUUGCAAUCGCACUGGUGAAUUUCGUUGUAUGGGACUGUGGAACGAAAAGCAAUGUAGAUACGGUGCACAUGUUAUUAAUCCAUAUGCCAGCCGGGAAAAUAUGAUUCUGUUCCAAGUUUGGAACUUAGAUCAUCAGGUUGAAAUAAGCCGCACUGUGCUGCCGUCUAUAGUAGAAAAUGUGGCACGCGUUCUUGCGGAUGAGGCUAACGCAAUCUGUAAGAUUCACAAUCGGAAGGGCACCAAACUUUCUGUGAUAACUUAUUUUAUAGAGCUUUUUACGCUCGGGAACCUAAAGCUGGUUCACAUUGUAUGCCACGAUAAAAGUAUUCAUGAUAUGAUCUCGAAGGGCGUCAUAAUCUGCGACAAAUGCGCAGAGUACAAGUAUAUUAAGGAGUUCCAAAGCAAAAUACGCUUCAAUAAAGACCGUUUAAUGUAGAUAGUGGCAGUUAUCA